AUGGGUCCAGGUCUAACGGCUAGGAUGGUGGCAGCGCAUGAGCAGAGAAGAAACCCUAGUGGGUUCGGGUCGGAUCCAGAAUCCUGGGUCAAGUCUGGAUCCGGAUUCUGGAUCUGGCAACAGCUAAGGAAAAGUCAGAAAUCUGCAUUCGCUGAUGAUGAAGAUAUGGAUCAUAUGCAAUUCCAUGAGAAUAGGCUGAAAUUUCUUGCAGCUCAAAAGGCAGAAGGAAAAAAUCCAUAUCCUCAUAAAUUCUUCACAUCAAUGUCUAUAGUCGAAUAUAUAGAUGAAUAUGGAAGCUUAGGGCAAAUUAUGAGCAAAAGAGCAUCCAAUUCAAAGUUGUUUUUCUACGGCUUGCAUGGUGGCAGUGCCAAAGUGCAAGUUAUAGCUGAUGCGAGCAAGUCAGGCUUGGAUGAAGCUGAAUUCGCUAGAUUCCAUUCCACUGUGAAGCGUGGUGAUAUAGUUGGCGUCACUGGAUUUCCAGUUUUAUCCCAUUGUCUCCAUAUGAUGCCAAGGCAAAAAGCAGGCCCUGAUGCCAGUGUGAAGGUUGAAACUCCCAUGAUGAACAUGAUUGCUGGAGGUGCAGCUGCCCGUCCCUUUGUAACCCAUCACAAUGAAUUAAAUAUGAGGCUCUAUAUGCGCAUUGCACCUGAGUUAUAUCUUAAGGAGCUAGUAGUUGGUGGACUUGAUCGUGUCUAUGAAAUUGGAAAACAAUUUAGAAAUGAGGGCAUUGAUUUAACUCACAAUCCUUAA